AUGCCUCGGGGGCAGAAGAGUAAGCUUCGUGCCCGUGAGAAACGCCGUCAGGCCCAGAGUGAGGCUCAGGGUGUCCAGAAUGCUCAGGCCACUGCAGCAGCUGAAGAACAGCCCCCAUCAUCCCCCCUUCCUCCUUUUGGUGGUGCCAAGAGCCAAGAUGAGGAAAGACCAAGUACCUCUCAGGCACAGCCCAGCACUGAUCGUUACCGCAGAACCCCUCUAGAUGACAAGGCAAUUCUAUUGGUGCAAUUCCUGCUGCGCAAGUAUAACAUGAGGGAGCCCAUAACAAAGGAAGACAUGAUGAAGUAUGUCAUCAAAAAGCACAAGGAGCACUUCCAUGAGAUCCUCAGGAAAGCCUCUGAGCUAAUGGUGCUGGCCUUUGGCAUUGAUCUGAAGGAAGUCGACCCUACCAGGCACUGCUAUGCCCUUGUCAGCAAAUUUCAGCGCACCUGUGAUGACAGGCUGAGAGGUGAAGAGAUCAUGCCCAAGACAGGCCUCUUGAUGACUAUCCUCUGUGUGAUCUUCAUGAAGGGCAACCGGGCCACUGAAGAGGAUAUCUGGGAAGUACUUAAUGUGAUGGGGAUAUAUGCUGAAAGGAAGCACUUCAUGUAUGGGGAUCCCAAGAAGCUCAUCACCCAAGAUUUGGUGCAGGAAAGGUACCUGCAGUACCAGCAGGUGGCCAACAGUGAUCCUCCAUGCUAUGAGUUCCUGUGGGGUCCGAGAGCCCACGCUGAGACCAGCAAGAUGAAAGUCCUUGAGUUCUUGGCCAAGAUCCACGAUACAGUCCCCAGUGCCUUCCCAUCCUGGUAUGAAGAGGCUUUGCGAGAUGAGGAAGAGCGAGGCGGAGCCAGAUUUGCAGCUCUGCUUGGUACUGGUGCCCUGGCCAAUGUGCGCCCCAGGGCCAAUUUUGGCAGCUUCUCCCACCUGUAG